AACCAGUCAACAGGUUAGUAUGCACUAACCACGCUUGUUUGUCCGCGCACGCGUAGACCGGCGACCUAAGCUUCAUAACGUGAUCAUUCCACGCAUCCUAACCCAUCAUAUCGUUUCUAAUGUAUUUUUCAAAUGUGAUUUAGUUCAAGAAUUUUGUUUAUUUCAACUUCACUAUAAGACUAAGUGUGUUUGCUAGUUCAUUUCACUGAAUUUGAAUACUUUUUAGUAGACUGAAGUCUGGAAUCACAGUUCGUUUUACAUUUUUGGAAGUAGGAAGAUCUUUUAUACAUUCUGUACUGUUUUAUACGUUCUGUUUACAAUGUUAACACCGUCUACGGUUCUAUUAUAUCGUGAGUAUAAGUAGUAAGUGCUGAAGAGUCUCUUGUAUAGAAUUUCAAAUAGUCUACUGUGUGGUGUGUUGCUGUGUUUUAUAAUAUUAUUGUGUUGUUGUCACAAUUGAAGACUAUUAUUAUUAAACAUACGAAAAUUGGGAUAAAUAUAUUUUUUUUUAUCGUCAAAAGUCUGGUAAUAAGUUUAUGAGGGUCAUUAUAAGUUGUCUUUGAAAAAUCACACAUGUCUAAUAUUUUAAACUAUGAAUCCAUUAACACCGACCACUAAUAUGUUUUGUCCAGAACUUUCAAACUGUGAAGCACCAAUAUCUGUUAUUACAAAUCUCUUGUCAGGAAAUGACCCUAUGAGAUUUGAAGAAAUCUCCAAUCAAUUUAAAUUAUUAGGAUUUACACAAGUAAAGGAUUUGGCACAAACAAACUUCAGCACAGCCAGUUCAGUCAAUUUGCGUGGAGAUCCUUUAGGAUUGCUUUAUAAAGCUUUUGAGGUUUAUAAUAAACACCUAAAUGAUCUUCUAAAAUCUGCAAAAUUAGAAAAUCAAAAUGGAAAUUUCACCAAAACUCAGGAAAUAUGUGAAGAAUUACUUAAGCAAAAACCUAAUGAUUUAAAUGUAAUUUUGCUGAUGGCUGGAUCAUUUUUUAAAUGUGGAAACUAUAAAAAAUCUAAUAGUUUCUUGGAAUCAGUAAGAACUUUAAAUCCAAAUUCGUUUGAAGUGUUGAGUAACAUUGGAUGUAACUAUUGGAAACAAUCUCAGUAUGAUUUAGCAAAAAAAUACUUUAUUGAAACUAUUGACAAGAAACCUGAAUAUUAUAAUGGUUGGAUUAAUCUUGCUGAAUCAUUAAUUAAAACAAAUGAUAUAGAAUUUGCUGAAUAUUUUUAUAUUCAAAUUGUAAAUACAAUACCGAAUUCAUAUAUUGUACGAAACAUGUAUGGAAAAUUGCUUCUAUCCUUAAAUAAAAUAGAAAAUGCUAGAGAGCAAUUUAUGAUUGCUCAGAAAAUUGCGCCAGAAUCUCAAGAAACAUACAGUAAUUUAGGAGACAUUUAUUUGAUGACUGAUCAAUUUGACAAUGCUAUUUUAAAUUAUCAUAAAGCUUUAAAAAUAAAUCCUAAUCUGAUAACGACUUUGCUUAAUUUAGGAAUGGCUUAUCUCAAACUUACAAACUACCAAAAAGCAGCGCAUGCAUUUGAAAAAACUAUUGAAUUGGAUGCAAAAAAUGUCUCUGCUUUAAAUUAUUUAAGAGUUUUAUAUUGUUAUCAAGGAAAUAUAUUAUCGUCUGUAGAAACCUUCAAAAAAAUGUUGAAAGUUCAACCUGAUAAUUUAGAUAUUAAUUUAGAAUUGGCUUUGAUCUACAUAAAUAUCCUCAAUGAUUAUGAAGAAGCUGAAAAUUAUUUAAAAAAAUGUAUCGAAUUGAAUUCACAAAGAGAAGAUCUAUAUAAGCUUCUUUUUACAGUUUACAAAAAGUCAAAUAAACCUAUAAAUGCAUCAGAUAUUUGCAUUUCUUUGGGCGACUUAUAUUUGGAUCGUUUAGAUCUAGAAAAUGCAAUAGAUGCAUUUAAUACUGCAGUGGAUUGGAAUCCUGAGAAUGCACUUGGUUAUUGGAAAUUUGGACUCAUUAUGCAUAAACUGGGUCAUUUUGAUUAUGCUUUAUCUAGGUAUAAAACAGCUAUUGAAUUGAAACCAACCCUUAUUCAUGCAUAUUAUGAUAUUGGAGUAGCUUAUCAAAGAUUAAAUGAAUAUGAAAGGGCUCUACAAUAUUACAAAAUUACUCUUAUUUUUCAACCAGACCAUUUAAAUGCUUUACUUAAUUUUUUAUAUUUAAAAAUUAAGUUGGGCCAAUAUGAUGAUAUUGAAAGCUUUAAUAGGAUUCUUCAAAUUGAUCAUGAAGAUGCAUUAAAUUUGCAUUUAAAUUUUGCAAAUUUUUUACAGAAGGAGUCUAUAAAUCUUAAUGAUGCUCUUCUUCAUUAUGAAAAAGCCUUAGCAUAUAACAAUACAUUAGUUGAAAUUUAUAUAGGUAUGGCAAACGUAUAUACCAAGUUAAACAAUAAUAAAGAGGUGAUUCAUGCUUAUGAAGUUGUAUUACAAAUAAGUCCAGAUUUUCCAGGAUUAUAUUUUAAUUUAGUACUAUAUUUACUAAAAGUCUGUGACUGGUCAAAAUACGAUUCUUACAUGAUAAAAUUAAAAGAAAUAAUUAAUAAACAUCUCGAGGAUGAUCAAGUCUUGUCCUUAUUACCUCAUGAUUCAUUAUUAUUUCCAUUAUCGCCUGAAGUACAAAAAAAAAUUGCUACUAAGUAUGUACAACAAUGUGUUGAGGAAUUAGAAAAAUCAAUUGAAGAACCACAACAAUUUCUUCACCCAUCAUCUUUAAACGGAAAACUAAGGAUUGGUUUUAUAUCAACCAAGUUCGGUAAACAGCCAAUAACAGAUAUCAUGGAAUACACAUUCAAAAUGUACUCAGCCAGAGUACAAUUUUUUUUUUAUUCAUUAUCUUCAAGUGAUGAUAAUAAGCCAGCCUGUUUCAGGAUGAAUAAUACCUCAGAAAACUUAAACUUUAAAGAUUUGUCACAACAUAGAGUAAAUGAUGCUGCAAAAGUUAUAAAUAGUGAUGAAAUCCACAUAUUAGUUGACAUGUAUGGUUAUAGUGGUUAUAUUAAGAAUUCCGUAAUUAAAAUAUUUGCUUUGAGACCAGCUCCAAUUCAAGUUUCGUGGCUUAAUAAUCCUUGUACCAGUAAUGCGACUUUUAUAGAUUAUUUUUUUAGAUUUGAUUCAUAUUCUUCUAUUAAUCCCCCAAAUGAAUAUAAUGGAAAAGUGUUUAGCUUACGUUCAACUAUUUUUCCUGGUAAUCACAUGCUGAGAUAUACACAUUUAAUUAAACGUAAAGUUAAAGAAAAUACAUUUAAUAUGUUAGAUAAAAAAAAUUUAUGUUUGACUUCUAUAUCUGAUUUUGAUAAUCAAGUUAAUAUGAAUUUUAAUAAUAUGUAUUGUCAAGAAGAUCCCUUAAAAGAAUAUAUGAGAGCGUUUUACAACUUACCAGAAAAUGCUAUUGUUUUUUGUAAUUUCAGUAAACUCUAUAAAAUAGACCCAUUUACUUUCCGUAUGUGGCUAACUAUUUUAGAUAAAGUUCCUUCCUCUGUAUUAUGGCUUUUAUAUUUGAAUGGUGCUGCUGAAGAAAACUUAAAAAAAUUUGCUAAUGAUUUAAAGAUUGAUUCAUCACGUAUUAUUUUUUCUGAAUGUAUUGACAAACAUAAACACUUGAAUCGAAUCCAGUUAGCUGAUGUAUAUUUGGAUUCAUGUUUAUACAAUGGGCAUAUGGCUUGUUUGGAUGCAUUAUGGGCAGGAGUUCCAGUAGUAACAUUACGGGGAAAAACAUUUUUAUCUUGUGUAACGGCUUCACAAUUAUCUGCUUUAGGAUUUGUUGAUACUAUAGCUAAAAAUGAAGAAAACUAUAUUAAAAUUGCAAUACAAUUAGGGAUGAACAAACAAUUAUUGAAAGACACAAAAAACCGAAUUUGGGGUUCAAAAGAAUAUUGUAAAUUGUUUGAUGUAAAUUCGUAUACAAAAGAAUUUAUGGACUACCUAAUAAAUGCACGAAAAAUUAAAUAA